AUGCAACUAGUAAUGGUUAAUUUUCUCAUCAUGUUUGAUGUAGUAUUCGUGUUCUUCCUUUUCCUGAUCGCGGUGACCUGCUUCAUGAACUAUAUGCCUGGUAGAAGAAGGCAGGAGGUAAUUGAGGAAGAGGUGGAAAAUGACGUUAUUCCUCCACCUCCUUUAUUUGCUGGUGACGAAGUUAACGAGGAGUAUUCCAGCAGGGACACUUACGUGGUAAUUCCACCGCCUAUGGGAAACAUUAUAUCGAAGGAUGGAUGUCCUAUACACGUCGUGUAG